AUGAGUGGUGUGUAUGGGAUUAAACUCUACAGCUACAGCUCCUACGUAGCACCUGGCCAGGUGAGCUACUGGCCAGGUGAGGUAUUGGCCAGUUUGAGGUUUGGCCAGGUCUCAUAUUUUGAAAUCUAUCUGGAUAAGAUCAGAGACCUCCUGGAUGUGUCAAAGACAAACCUUGCGGUCCACGAAGAAAACAGAGUUCCUUUUGUCAAGGGUUGCACGGAGCGUUUUGUUUCCAGUCCUGAUGAGGUGAUGGACGUCAUUGACGAGGGAAAAGCAAACCGCCACGUCGCCGUCACCAACAUGAAUGAGCACAGCUCUCGCAGCCACAGCAUUUUCCUGAUCAACAUCACAGAGAACGUGGAGACGGAGCUCAAACUGUCGGGGAAGCUUUACCUGGUCGACCUGGCCGGCAGCGAGAAGGUCAGCUAAACAGGAGCAGAAGGCUCCGUGUUGGACGAAGCCAAGAACAUCAACAAGUCUCUUUCUGCUCUGGGGAACGUCAUUGCUGCUCUGAGUGAAGGAACGAAAACCCAUGUCCCGUACCGAGACAGUAAGAUGACUCGAAUCCUGCAGGACUCUCUGGGAGGAAACUGUCGAACCACCAUCAUCAUCUGCUGCUCUCCUUCAGUUUACAACGAGGCUGAAACCAAGUCCACGCUCAUGUUCGGACAGAGAGCUAAAACCAUAAAGAACACUGUGUCUGUUAACCUGGAGCUGACGGCUGAGGAGUGGAAGAAGAAGUACGAGAAGGAGAAAGAUAAGAGCAGGAGUCUAAAUAUCGUGAUCCAGAAACUUGAGAACGAGCUUAAACGCUGGAGGAAAGGUGAGUGUGUACCUGUGGAGGAGCAGCUGAGCAGCAGAAACAAGAAGAGCAGCAGCAGUGAGACGGCAGCAGUGAUCGACAGCUCAGCCCCGCCCCCUGUUCCUCUGUUGGAUGAAGAGAGGACGCAGUAUGAGACGCUCAUCACUGACCUGUACCACCAGCUGGACGACAAGGACGAUGAGAUCAACCAUCACAGUCAGACGGCCGAGAAACUCAAACAGCAGCUGAUAGACCAGGAGGAGCUGCUGACGACCGGCCAACAGGACUAUGAGCGUGUGCAGGAGGAGCUGUCGCGGCUACACAGGGACUGCGACUCGGCCAAAGAGGAGGUGAAGGAAGUGCUGCAGGCCCUGGAGGAGCUUGCCGUCAACUACGACCACAAGAGCCAGGAGGUGGAGACCAAGAACCGCUGCAACGAGCAGCUGAAUGAGGAGAUUGCACACAAAACUUUGCGUCUGGAGGCGGUUCAGAGGGAGUUUUCUACGCUGCAAGAAGUGAGUUCUCAUCAGAAGAAAAGGUCUGCAGAGAUCGUUAGUCUGCUGCUCAGAGACCUCAGUGACAUCGGCAGCAUCCUCAGCACCACCGAACUCAAAGCUAUGACCGAGACGAGCGGCGUUAUGGAGGAGGAGUUCACCACAGCUCGGCUCUACAUCAGUAAACUCAAGUCUGAGGUCAAAUCUCUGGUGAACCGUAGCAAACAGCUGGACAUCAACCUGACGGAGAACAUCUGCAGGAUGGAGGCCAAUGAGACAGAGCUCAACAGCUGCCAGCUGCUCGUCUCCCAGCUUCAGGCGAAGAUCUCGUCUCUGACAGACGACCUGCAGAAGUUGGAGCAGAAGAAGAGGAAGUUGGAGGAGAGUCAGGACGCUCUGAUGGAGGAGCUAGCCAAACUGCACGCUCAAGAUCAAAUGCAUGAGGUGACGGUCAUGGACAAAGAGAAAGAACACAUGAGCAGACUGAAGGACGCUGUUGAGAUGAAGAGAACACUGGAGGAACAGAUGGAGAACCACAGAGAAGUUCAUUCCAAACAGCUGAGUCGUCUCCGAGACGAGAUCGAGCACAAGCAGAGACAUGUCGACCAACUCAAAGAUGUGAAUCAAGCUCUGCAGGUCGAGAACAGGAAGCUUCAGUCCGACUUUGACAAACUGAAAGCUGAGGAUCAGAACAAAGACCAGAAACUCCAGAAACUAGUGUUUCUGAAUGAGAAGAGAGAACAAGCCAAAGAGGACCUGAAAGGUCUGGAGGAGACUGUGGCCAAAGAGCUGCAGACACUAAACCACCUUCGAAAAGUCUUCAUCCAGGACCUCGGCACUCGUGUCACGAAUAGUGCAGAAAACGACUGUGACGAGGCCGGCGGCAGUCUGGCUCAGAGACAGAGGAUCAUCUUUUUAGAAAAUAACCUAGAGCAGCUCAGCAAGGUCCACAAACAGCUGGUGCGGGAUAACGCUGACCUUCGCUGUGAGCUACCUAAGCUGGAGAAGCGUCUGCGGGCCACAGCAGAGCGAGUGAAAGCUCUGGAAGCCGCCUUGAGAGACGCCAAGGAGUCGGCCAUGAGGGACCGUAAAUGCUAUCAACAGGAAGUGGACCGCAUCAAAGAGGCUGUACGCUCCAAGAAUGUCUCCAGGAGAGGACACUCUGCUCAGAUAGCCAAGCCAAUCAGAGCAGGACAUCUGCGUCAUCAGAACCCGUCCUCCUCUCCGUCCAUCAGACCGGCUGUCCGAGGAGGGGGGUUGGCGUCCAGUCCACGCCACCACUCCCCCCGACAGAAACCACAACAACAACCGCAGCAAACUCCACAACAACAGCCCCAUCAGAGCCAAAGCAAGUAAGCUACAGGGUGCAGACAAUUCCAGGUCAUUUUCCUUUUCUGUGGAUCUUUGACUUUCUGAACUCUCCUGCUCUCACCACUCUGCCUUUACUGGAACCAGACUCCAUGUUUCCACGACUUUCCACAUUAACAGCCUAUCCACAUUAACAGCCUUUCCACAUUAACCCUAUUCCACAUUAACAUCUAUUCCACAUUAACAGCCUUUCCACAUUAACAUCUAUUCCACAUUAACAUCUAUUCCACAUUAAUAGUACAUUCCACAUUAACAUCUAUUCCACAUUAACAUCUAUUCCACAUUAACAUCUAUUCCACAUUAACAUCUAUUCCACAUUAACAUCUAUUCCACAUUAACAUUUCAACAUUAACAGCAUUUCCACAUUAACAGCAUUUCCACAUUAACAGUACGUUCCACAUUAACAUCUAUUCCACAUUAACAGUACAUUCCACCUUAACAUCCUUUCCACCUUAAAAGCCAACAAGUGCUUUCUGUCCUCUGACUGUCGUCAGCUCUGGUGCUCCGAGUCUGUUUGUCUCACAGCAUCAAUGCAGUUUAAUCUGUUAUAUAACAAGUUUAAUAAGUUAAUUAUGAGUUUCUAUCUGAAUGUUCAACAUUAAUGGAGACUAAGGUCUUUCUGAUCUCGGGUUAGCACACGUUACAAAAGGUUCAAAGAAGUUGUACAAGUUUUAAGUGAAAGAAAUGGAGAUUUGGCAGGGAAAUUAUAAGAUAUUGAGUCAACUUUUCAACUUUUUAGACCACAAUUAUAGCACAAUCUUCUUUCUGGUGGACUAACCUUUAAUGUGCUGAAUAUAGUUGACUUUAACGUCAUUUUGAGCCUAAAGCAGUUACUCAAUUUUCAGUCAUAUUUAAGAUGUAAUGUGUAAUAUUUACUAAUAAAUACAAUCCAGUAUUAAAAAGUGACAGUCUUGACAUAGUUCUCAGUAAAAAGUUAUAAUUUGGACUUUUGUUUUUAUAUAGUCUCUUAUCAGGAUAAAAUGUGACGUUUAUGCUCGCCUAGGUAACUUCUUUCAGUAUUUAGUAUCCUUGUAGUAUUUCUUGCCCCGUAUUUAGUAUCCUUGUAGUAUUUCUUGCCCCGUAUUUAGUAUCCUUGUAGUAUUUCUUGCCCCGUAUUUAGUAUCCUUGUAGUAUUUCUUGCCCAGUAUUUAUGUAUCAGCUGUGCAGAGCCAGUAUGUGUCUGUGGUUCAGUGCUUACAUCCGUGUUUUAGUGAAACGUCUUAAACACUUGAGGCUGAUAAAAGAUAAAGAUAAUAAAUAUAUGAACAGUUAGGAAUGAUGAAAUAAAGAAAUAUCAUGAAGAAGUCAUAGUAAUGUACUACUUUAUUCUCACUUUAAGGAAAAUAAAAAAUCUGUGAUUUGAAGAGUAAAACAUUGAUACAGAACGUUUUAUGACGAGAUAUAGUAUAUAAAAAGUCACAUUAAGAAUAAAGAGGUAACAUUUUUUAACAUUAUUAUAUUAUAACUCCAUUUACUAUUCUUACAACAUGUAGACUUCCCAUCGAAGGUGCUCUGUUUUAAAAUCACAAGUCACAUAUGAUAUUUUUAUUGUUUAAGCCAUAUUUAUAUCUUUAAAUACAAUAAAUACAAAUAAUACUGUAGUUUAGUUACCCUAUCUUGUGACUUUUUUAAACUUCAUAAUCAUAUAAAUUAUUUUACUCAUAACUUUUCGUUGUUUUUAUUUUCCUGCACUCAAUGUUUUGUUACACUGAUAUCAUGUUUUUUUUUUAAAUAAUUCCAAUUUAUUACUGAGCUGUUUUGAUAGAUUUAUGGAUUUUUAUUUUUUUGAGAAAAAGCUCAUUGUUUCUGUGUAAUAUGUCUGCAAUGUAAAACAGUGUUGAAUCAUAAUCAUAAUCUAACAGUACCAUGAACCCAGAAGCAGUCUUUAGACCCACAGUGUCCGUCUGUCUAUGGACGUUAUGUCUAUUAAACUAAAUAAUCAUGAAUAUGUUUCUGAGAAGCACAGAGUCUUUAGACCCAUAGAGUCCGUCUGUCCAUGGACGUUAUGUCUAUUAAACUAAAUAAUCAUGAAUAUGUUUCUGAGAAGCACAGAGUCUUUAGACCCACAGAGUUCCUCUGUCCAUGGACGUUGUGUCUUUUAAAGUGUGGUGCAGUUGUUGUGUAACGUGUAGUAUGUUGCCGGUGUCCUGAGCUGAUGGUUGGAACUGGAAGUU